AUGGAAGUCGUCGGUCGACAAGAAGCAAGCGCUCGUCCGCUUGCAACCAUUCUUCAGACUUAUUGCGUCCCGGAAACGGGAGCAUCAAUGGAAGUCGUCGGUCGACAAGAAGCAAGCGCUCGUCCGCUUGCAACCAUUCUUCAGACUUAUUGCGUCCCGGAAACGGGAGCAUCAAUGGAAGUCGUCGGUCGACAAGAAGCAAGCGCUCGUCCGCUUGCAACCAUUCUUCAGACUUAUUGCGUCCCGGAAACGGGAGCAUCAAUGGAAGUCGUCGGUCGACAAGAAGCAAGCGCUCGUCCGCUUGCAACCAUUCUUCAGACUUAUUGCGUCCCGGAAACGGGGCAUCAAUGGAAGUCGUCGGUCGACAAGAAGCAAGCGCUCGUCCGCUUGCAACCAUUCUUCAGACUUAUUGCGUCCCGGAAACGGGAGCAUCAAUGGAAGUCGUCGGUCGACAAAGCAAGCGCUCGUCCGCUUGCAACCAUUCUUCAGACUUAUUGCGUCCCGGAAACGGGAGCAUCAAUGGAAGUCGUCGGUCGACAAGAAACAGGCGCUCGUCCGCUUGCAACCUCCGAACAUUUCAUCCUUCAACCAUCCGGUGAUCUCUGUUUUUGUGUCGAAGAAAUCUCUCCUGGAUUCACGCUCAAGGGAUCACCUGUUGUGGUUGGUUUCGGAAUUCACUACAGCUCAAACUAUGAUCAU